AUGUCUGAGACCAGUUCGCUGCUCCCCGGGGAGUCCAACGGGCUCGAACGUCGGCCACUGCGAGACCGCAUUGUUGAUGCCUUUCGUUCCACACCACAGACUGGUCUCGGUAUAUUGACGAGUUUCACCAGUAGCCAUAACUCGGCGCAGCAUGACCAACCAGACACUGGGCGGGCGAGCGAACCAGACGUGAGGACUCGGCUUCUGGAAUCAUACAACCAGGUCGGUCCUGUGUGUGGUGAGAGACGCUGCAGUCACGGCACAUUCUCUCCACAGAUAGGGGAUGCAGAAGGGCAUCCAUUCAUUGGGGUUCCGGGCGAUCAAUUCGGAUAUAGCGGACCUGAUGUGUCGGACGGUGCCGCUGGUCGCCCGAGAGGUCAAGUAGACCAACCAGAGUCAGACCCAGAUUCAGAGUCACCGUCGAAAAUGAAAUCAUCCUUCACGCUGCCCAUAACAGACACGAAGAAACAGUACAUCUCGUAUUAUAUUCCUCUGUUCAAUUGGGUUGGGCAAUAUCAUUGGUCAUUCCUGCGUGGAGAUCUGAUGGCCGCGUUGACCGUGGCAUCCAUCUACAUCCCGAUGGCUCUUUCACUGGCCUCAAAUCUUGCCCAUGCACCACCAAUCAGCGGCCUCUAUUCUUUCGUGAUUCAGCCUUUGGUCUAUGCUAUCCUCGGAAGUUGUCCUCUAUUGGUAGUGGGACCGGAGGCUGCGGGAUCUUUACUGACGGGUGCCAUUGUCAAAGCAAGUGUGACACAAGGAGACUCAGGCGAGGACGACGCUACUCAGGCCGCGCUUGUUGUAGCAGUGGCUACUGCGAUGUCCGGCGCUAUGAUUUUGAUCGCCGGUAUAACACGUCUAGGUUUUUUGGACAAUGUUCUCAGUCGUCCUUUCUUGAGAGGCUUCAUCACCGCAAUCGGCUUUGUGAUCUUUGUAGACCAGCUUAUUCCCGAACUGGGUCUGACCGAGCAAGCCAAAGAGAGCGGUGUCAGCCAUGGCACCAGCGUUGAAAAGCUGAUAUUUAUAUUCCGAUAUGCCCGAGAGUCUCAUGCACUUACUGCUGUCGUUUCAAUCGUUAGCUUCACUGUGAUCAUGGUGUUUAGAACCUUGAAGAAGAUGUUGGUGCCGCACAUCCCACAACUAAUCUACUUCCCUGAUCGCUUCCUGGUUGUCGCUCUUUCGGCGGUGUUGGCUUGGCAUCUUGACUGGGAAGCCAAAGGACUUGAUCUCCUCGGACCCACAGAGGUCAGCGAUGGAGGGCUGUUCUCUUUCAAUUGGCCUUUUCAACUUGCUCACAUGAAACAUGUGCGUACGGCAAUGAGCAAAGCGUUCAUAAUCGCACUCCUUGGUUUCUUUGAGUCGUCUGUUGCAGCCAAGGGGCUGGGCGAAGGGAACUCCAACGGAAUCAAAGGCAUGUACAUGAGUGCCAAUCGUGAGAUGGUUGCACUAGGUGUUGCCAAUGUCGUCGGCGGUUGCUUCUCAGCUCUUCCCGCCUUUGGCGGAUACGGGCGAAGCAAGCUUAGCACCCAGACAGGAGCGCGCUCUCCGAUGGCCAGUGUCUUCCUGAGCAUCAUCACUUUCACCUGCAUCAUGGUGCUCUUGCCCUACUUAUACUACCUUCCUAAAGCAGUCCUUUGCUCCAUGAUCUCCGUCGUAGCCUAUACCCUGGUGGAAGAAUGUCCGCACGACCUGCUCUUCUUCAUCCAUCUGCGCGGCUGGACAGAACUGGUCCUAAUGCUCCUCAUCUUCACCGCAACGAUCUUCUACUCCCUCGAACUCGGCAUGGCCCUUGGCAUGGGUUUGUCAGUCAUAAUCCUCAUCCGACACGCGACUCAACCCCGCAUCCAGAUUCUGGGCAAAGUUCUCGGUACGGCAGCGCGCUUCGAUAACGCCGAGCUGCACCCAGAAAAUGUGGAGUUAGUCGAAGGCGCCCUGAUUGUCAAAAUCCCCGAGCCUCUUACAUUCGCCAACACUGGCGACCUCAAGAACCGCCUCCGCCGACUGGAACUCUACGGCACCAACCGUGCCCACCCUUCUAUGCCACGCAUGCGUGCACCGGAGCACAAUAAGAAUAUCAUAUUUGAUGUUCAUGGCGUUACGAGUAUCGAUGGGUCUGGGACCCAGGUCCUCUAUGAGAUUGUGCAUGCAUAUGCCGAGGAAAGUGUUCGGGUGUUCUUCUGCCGCUUGCCUAAUAGGACUGUCUUCCGCAUGUUUGAGCGGAGUGGUAUUGUUGAGCAGUGUGGUGGAUUAAGUCAUUUCGUACCCAGUGUCGAUGAGGCGCUGCGGUUGGCGGAAUCUGAGAACCAGACGGAGAUCUGA